ACUGCAAACUUCCAGACAGAGAGAGCGCUGGGCGGAGAGAAACAGUUGCGUCUCGUUUUACAGCGAAGAGAGAGAAGGAGAUACAGAAAAACAGUGAAGGGGACAGAUUUUAAAGCGCAGUCUUCCCUCGGCGCACUUGCUGAUAAGACACGAUUAGCUCUCUAUAUUAUAGUUGCCUGCCAGCACCGUGGUGCAAAACUGCAGAUGCAAGCAUUCAAACAAGAUCCGCUCAGUUUCUGAGCCGAACAGGACAUGCAGGCACAGGCAGUUUGACUAUCGAGAGUUUUGAAAGAGGGAGGAGGACGGAAGGAAGGAAGCAAAAAGGGAAGAGGAGGAGAAAAGAGCCGGAGAAAAGUUUGAAAGGAUACGCGAGACCGGAGACGUUGCCGGUUGGUCACCGUAAAGAAAGGCUAUUCAAAGCUGGUAUCGCGGGGAAAAUCUAUCCUCGGAUAAACAGACGAGGGUCGGUCGUUGGCCGCUGCCGGGUGGGGAGAGGGAUUGUAUUGAUAUUCGGCAGCUGCCGGGAACGCGCCUGAUUCCGUUUGCUGUUUGGGGAAUAGAUGCGCUGGGAAGCCACGAUGCGGAGCGAUCCCAUUUUGUUCGCUUCCAGGGCCAUGGAGGAGUUGGUGUGUGAGCUUCGUCUGUUCCUGGACCUGCUGGACAGGGAAUAUCUGAGCGCUGGGGUCAGGGAGAAGAAGAUGCUCAUCUCCAACAUCCUUCACAGGGUCCUCACCGCUAAAGAGCCCUCGUUCAAGUCAGAGGACCACAGCAGCCUUUCUGCACCCCCUCAGAUGCCACUCCCUGAGAUCCCACACCCCUGGCUCCCUCCAGACAACGGGCCUCCUCCUCUCCCCAGCUGCUCUCUCCCAGAGGGAUACUAUGAAGAGGCCGUCCCCCUCAGUCCUGGAAAAGCCCCAGAAUACAUCACUUCCAACUAUGAUUCUGACCAGAUGAGCAGUUCGUAUGAGUCGUAUGACGAGGAGGAGGAGGAUGGGAAGGGAAACAGAGGGAAGAAGAUGCGACACCAGUGGCCUAGCGAGGAGGCCUCCAUGGGUCUGGUCAAGGACGCACGCAUCUGUGCCUUCCUGCUGCGCAAGAAACGCUUCGGCCAGUGGACCAAGCUGCUCUGUGUCAUCAAGGACAACAAGCUGCUGUGCUACAAGUCAUCUAAAGACCAGACACCCCAGAUGGAGCUGCUGUUAUCAGGCUGUAGCAUCACACAUGUCCCCAAGGACGGCAAGAAGAAGAAACACGAGCUGAAGAUAGUCCACCAGGGGGCAGAUGCCCUGGUCCUGGCCGUGCAGAGCAAAGAGCAGGCUGAGGAGUGGCUCAAGGUGAUGAGGGAGGUGUGCAGUAAUGGCUGUGACUCAGAUGUAGCAGGGUCUCCUGUGCACAAGCCCGACCUGGAGAAGAAGGUGUUGUGUGAUAGGCCGAGCUCAGACGGAGAGCCGCCCAAUGAGAACGGACACACCGUCACCGACUGUAAGGACCAAGGUAAAGGGAAGAAGGACUCUCAGAAGAGUCAGAAGGGAGGCACUCUGAGUAAAGGGGCGGGGAAGAAGAUCACUAAGAUCAUUGGCUUAGGCAAGAAGAAGCCGUCCACUGACGAACAGACCUCUUCAGCCGAGGAGGACAUACCCACCUGUGGCUACCUGAACGUGCUGUCCAAUAACCGCUGGCGUGAGCGUUGGUGUCGUCUGAAGGACAACCAGCUGCUGCUUCAUAAGGACCGUACUGAUCUGAAGACCCACACGGCCAGCCUGCCCCUCAGAGGCUGCGAGGUCAGCCCCGGACUGGACUCCAAACACCCCUUCGCCUUCCGCCUUCUCCGCAACGGACAGGAGGUGGCUGUACUGGAGGCGUCCUCCUCAGAGGUCAUGGGUCGGUGGCUAGGGAUGCUGCUAGCUGAAACAGGCUCUAUCACAGACCCUGCUGCCUUACAUUACGAUUACAUAGAUGUAGAGACUACCGCAAACGUUAUCCAGCUGGCCAAGCAGUCCUUCUGCUUCACUAGUAAACGUGCUGUAUCUCCCAACCCUUAUCUGGACAACCCUGCCAACAGUUACGCAUGUCCCUCUGGAAUGGCACUGCACUAUGAUGAUGUGCCCAUCAAUGGAACGGACCCUGAGGCGCUGUACUCCAGCCCUGCCACCGGAGGGCGACGUCUGAGAGAGGAGGUGUUGUAUGAGAACACUGACCCCGACCUGUAUGAGAACAUGCCUUCGCCCAAGCUGGCUGCCCGCUACUCCCCCAAGCCCAGUCGUCUGGCAUCAUCCUCCUCCUCCUCCUCUUCCUCCAGCCACUACAAAACCCCUGGCCCUGUCAAAUCCAAACUCCUCUCCUCUUCCUCCGCUUCCUCGGCUAACACUAACACUAAAGCCGUUGCUCAGCUGAAGGGAAAAAAGGUCCCAGUGACCAAUGGGACAGCGUCUAAACAGAAGGUGGACAAGAACCAGGCCAAGAAGACCAAUGGAACAACCAAUGGAACAGCAUCUGUGAAACGCAACAACUCCAGUGCAGAGCAGUAUAAGUACGGUAAGAACCGUGUGGAGGCGGACGCCAAGAUGCUGCAGGCUAAAGAGGAGGAGCUAAUCAACAGAAAGCAGGACAUCAGGAACCGUCUGACCCAGCUGAAGAAGGACAGGAAAGACCUGCGCACCGCCAUGGAGGCCAGCACCGCUAAGCGCUCCGCUGGGUCCCUGGCGGAGCGGCUGAAAAAGGUGGAGGACGAGUGCAAGCUGAAGGAGGACGAGCGGGUGAGCCUGGAGCUGGAGAUGACAGAGGUCAAGGAGAGUCUGAAGAAGGCCCUGAACGGAGGAGUCACUCUGGGACUCACCAUCGAGCCCAAGUCUGGCACCUCCAGCCCACAGUCCCCAGUGUUGCUGAGGCGUACCCUAGAGAACUCUCCCAUCUCCAGCUGUGACACCAGCGACACAGAGAGCUGUUCUACUCUGCCCGUCAACAGUGCCUCCCUCCUCCGCAGAACGACCAAUCAGAAACCCUCGGCCGUCCGCGGCCAUGUCCUCAAGAAGGCAAAGGAAUGGGAGAUGAAGACUGGCACAUGAGCAACAACUCUGUUCACAACAGUCCUAUCUUAUUAGCUUUCUAUUUUAUUUUAAUGCGUGUAUAUAUUUAUUUAAAUCAGUUCGUAUGGGGAGGAAGGUUGAAGAGGAGUACACUACAAGCAUAGCCAAACAGAGAGACGAUCAAGACAAUGCUGAUUUUUUUUGUUUUUUGUCUACUUUAUUUCCUGGACAUAAAGAACUAGCAGUCUUUUUCUAGCGUACCAUUGUGUAAUACCAUGUCAUGUUUCAACUACUCUGUCGUGUGCUUUUGUAUCGCCCAAUCUUGUGUUUUUUUGUUCGUUUUUGUUUUGCAGUCAUCCCCUUUCAUACAGUCUCUUGUUGCCUGUUUCUCCAUCACAUAAAACAAUCAGGUUUCUACAACUCGUGGGGUUCCAAAAUCAAGUGCAUAUUUAUUUGUAAAUGUUUCUUAGGUAAAUACUAGCAUCCUUGUGAUUAUUUAUGUUGAUAAUAUUUAAUGCUUGUUGUAUUGUAUAGCUCCCUCUCUUUAGAACAGGAACUGCACUGUGCCACUAAUGUCCACAGCAUCUGGAUCCAGCCGUUAGUAUCACUGUUGGGCAAUCCAGAUGAUUUUCAAAUCAUCAAACCAACAAUACACCUACAGUACUCCUAGUCCUUAGUGGUUGAUGCCUGGGAGUGGGCCUUUGGAAUGUGCCACUCGGUAAAGUGCGGGUCAGACUAAGGCGUGGCGGUGUUCUGGUGAGUUUGGCCACUGGCGUUGGAAAAGUCCUCAACCUCAAGUAAUGUAGCCUCUUGUAUUUACACUUCUACAUCCAGGAGCCUCGGGCCAGCUCUUUUAAUCAUGCCACUGGUGCACUAUAACCCAGUGGUCUGGUCUCACUCUGUGUGUGUGUGUGUGUGUGUGUGUGUUAGUUUAUGUGUGUAUGUAUGCAUUAGUUUGUGUGUGUGUGUGUGUGUUUUAAAAUGUCUUGAGGCACAUUCCAACCCCAUCAUUAAUACACUGUUAGAAAUAGAGGCCUGUAUGGUCAGAAAUACUGUGUGUUCUCUGCUUCAACCAGAGACUGUAAUCUGGUUGUGGAUUCUUGAACUUCCAGCUGCUCUAGCAACACGUUUCAGCUCAUACACAUCACACACACACAUCACACACACACACACACACACCACAGACACGUUUAUCUAAUGUAUUUCUAAUGCUGUUUUUGGUAAUGAUUUUACCACAUCUACAGUACACUGCAAAAUAUUCCCAUAUCCACACUGCUCAGUGUAAUCUAACCACGGUGCUUUGUAGGGGUGAGACGUAGCAUGUUGAUGUACUACUGCAAGCAAGCUAAGUUUUUACUAUUUUUACUCAAAGGCACGUUUACCUUUAAAACGUCUGGUUUAUGGUGCAUUUAUUGGCCUAGUUGGAAUAUGAGGCUGUGCGUAACAAAAAUGGCCGCCAACAGCUGUUUUCAAAUUAUCAGUGUACAUGUUUGUAUCCCUCUUUGCCUCUCUAUUCAUUCAGAUUGAGGUUGGGGUUCAAUCCCAUCGCGGGUUAAAUGCAUCGUGGUGUUUUAAAGGCAAUUGAGUCGACAUAUGCAGCGUUUAUCGUGAAUGGGAACAUUGCCUUAAAAAGCCUCAAUGCCCAUAACUUGCGAUCGGAUUGGAUCCCGGCCAAAGUCCAACUAGGCUGCGAGUUAGAGCUAGCUCUUCACCACAAGAUGAGGGAGAGAUGAGGAGAAAGGUUUACAGGGAGGGGAGAAAGAGUUACGCAUCUGGUCCAUUUUUGGAUCCCUCUCUUUUCUGUUUAAACAACUUCAAAUCUGAAAUGGGCAGAGAGAGAGAGAUGAUGAUGUCACUCAGAACAUGUGAACCCAUUUUACCUGUACAACGCUUUUUGGGAGGGGACAGGAUGGGAGGAGGAGGGGGGGGGUGUAUUGGGUAAAGGGAGUAGGGGAGAAACAACAAAAGAGUGGAGGGGGGAGAGAGGGGAGGGGUUGGGUGUUUUGGGUAAAGGGAGUAGGGGAGAAACAACAACAAUGUUUGUUUUGCACCUUAGACUUUUCUACUCCAUUGUACUUCUAUUGACAGUCGCCAACUCGGUGACGAACGGCUGUAUAUAAAAAGUAAUAAACCUCUUUACAAAUGUU